AUGCAACAAGCAGCCCCCCAGCCACAGCAGCCAAUCGGCGUGCUCCCACCGCUCGUUUUCCACAAUACCCCGACCACCCAGGUGGACAACUUUACUCCAACACAGCCUACUCUGUAUUCGCAGCCAUCCAACGAAUCGCUGCGUGAGGCCGCUGGUAAUCCUAACUCAUCUGAUGGGGAGGGAAGUGGAUUCACACCAAAGCAGUACCGCACAUCCAAUUCGUUCAACGCGGUUACUCGCCCGCACCAGUUGUCAAUUAGCAAUGCCACCGGCCCACCUGGGUUCAUGGGCUCGGGCGAAUCAUUCGGGCCAAAUCAAGGGUACCCAACUCCUACGCACCAAGACAUAUUUGGAACCCGCGCUCCGACUUCAAAUCGCCAGUUCGAUUUUGACAUCGGCCCUAACGUUCCCGGCCCUGCCAGCGGAUUUUUGUCUCAGAACGGACCACCAUAUCAGUCAGUGGGACCGAUGUCCCACCAACCAGGCCCUAUCGGGAAACCUCCCUCCUCUGCUCACAUGCCUCAGUCGAUGAACUCUUCCCAUUUGAUCCAACCUCCAACUAACUCUGGACCUCGUGGAACAAUGAACCCUAUUCACGCGGGGCCAAAUGGUGCGACUGCCGGAUCGUUGCCACCAUCAAACCAGUUUAUGCCCCCGGUGCAUCAGGCAGCUAUCCAACAAGCGGUGUCCAGUCUUGGUUUGCAGUAUGGUACACCUGCCUUCAAUGAUCUGGUUUCCAAGUUGUCGCGUCCGGAGGGUCCUGGGUUUCAACCUAGCACCGUGCCUCAAGAAGAAAUCUCCACUAUUUUUGUAGUAGGGUUCCCAGAUGAUAUGUCGGAGCGCGAAUUCCAAAACAUGUUCACUUUUUCGUCUGGUUUCGAGGCAGCAACACUGAAGAUACCCAAUAAAGAACCUGGAUACGGGGGCUCAUCAAACGGGCAAGGGCUUACUUCAGCCAACGCUCUGCGAUCAGGUGCUUUCCCCACAAACGGAUUCGUUACUGGCGGCCCGAAUGACCCCUAUAAUCUCGUCACCGUCAACUCGGGCGGAGUGGUUCUGGACCCUCCUGCACCAUCGGCCUCGGGUCAGUGGCCCAACGAUGAUCCAUAUACGAUCCGCAAUUUGCCGCUUACAUCUGCACCAACGGCUGCGGGUAACGAGCUUAAUCAUCUUACUAUGCCUGCACCUCCGCGCAAGCAGAUAAUCGGAUUUGCCAAGUUCAGGACGAGGCAAGAAGCGCUAGAGGCACGGGACGUUCUCCAAGGCCGGAGGGUAGAUGCGGAAAAGGGCGCGUUUCUCAAGGCAGAGAUGGCCAAGAAGAACUUGCACACGAAGCGGGGGGUUGGUCCACUUGGAUUACCACUCAACCAGGCUUUGCCAUCGAACGGGAACAACAACAAUCCUCCAUCGCACCCCCCUCAGGAUUCAGCAAGUGGUAUGACAGGGUUCUCGGGAGGCUCGCUUUUGAGCGGUAACGCCGGACUCGGGGAACAGUUGAGUCAGCGCGACCGUGAUCUGGCGGCCAUCGACGCGAUGGGCCUGGGGAAUGGCAUGUGGGAUAAGGAACGCGAACGAGAACUACGGAACACCAACACCAACGCAUAUGAUGCUUUCCACUCUGUUCCGAGUAGCACUGCAAGUACCGCGUCACGUCUUCCUCCCCCGUUGUCAACAACAGGCUUGUCCAACAACGCUGUUGGCAAUGGUAUUCUGUCGCCUACCGAGUUUGUCCCUCGUUCUCAUGUGAUGGGGUUCACUACUAGCCCUAUGAACGGGCAUGCUUCCUUGAUGGGUGCAGGGUCUGGAGCAGGAGGCCCUCCGCCACCCCCAGGACUUGGUCCAACGAGCGCGCUUUCACCCCCAAUGACUCCCAAUCAAUGGCUCCCUCCCCUUGUAUCUCACCCGGAUCCUGUCAAUUCCGAAGCAGCCUUUGGACCGAUUGCCCGGCCGAGCUCGUCGGUGGCGCUUUCGACUCCACCCGGCUCCACAACUUCUUCAAGCCGAUCUCCAGAACGUGUUGUCCCCCUGCCUGCUUCGGAUGCGUCAACGGGUUCGAACGAGGACGUUCAUGCCCCACAUGAUGAUAGCGAUCCGGAACGUGAGCAAGGUCCGGACGAAUUGCUUGGAUCAAUGGGAAAGAUGUCUCUGAAAGUAACUACCCAAAUCGGAACCACAUCCCCUCAGCUUCCUUCUCCUGGAUCAGGUUCUGGGGCCGACAAGAGGCAAAGUGCGAGUGAUCAGAACCCUCCUAUCAAUACCCUCUAUGUGGGAAAUCUCCCUACGGCUUCUGGACAAGCUCAUUCCCCUUCGUACCUGGAGGAGGCACUACGUGGCCUCUUUGCCCGUACCCCUGGGUAUCGCAAGCUCUGUUUUAGGCAAAAGAGCAACGGGCCAAUGUGUUUUGUUGAGUUCGAAGAUGUCAACUACGCGACCAAGGCAUUGAAUGAGAUGUACGGAAACACACUGAACGGACUUGUCAAAGGUGGAAUUCGUCUGUCCUUUAGCAAGAACCCACUUGGUGUACGGACCCCUGGUUUGUCAAGCCCGGUUGGUGGAGCACCUCCGCCAGCGACUUUCAGUGCAGCAUUGGCUGGGAUUUCCGAACGUGGAUUUGGUCCAAGUCGCGGGCUGGCGUCUCCUACGGGGACCUUUGAAGCUCAGAGCUUUGGUUCUCGUCUCAUGCGACAGGACUCGACGGAAUUGCUAUCUCCAACCGGCAUGCUCUCGCCCACCGGCACAUCCAUGACGUUUCCUGGCUCUCCCCCAUCCCGCUUUUUCUCACCUCCGCUCCCAGCCCCUGGACAAGGGACAUUUAGUCCCGUGAUAGGCCCAUCAAACUCCCUGCCACCGUUCAAUCGAGCGCCCCAGUCGCAGACGUUUGGGUCGGGGCAGUCAUCGGGAUUUGGUAGCCAACCCCAAUCCUUCUCGAGCGUUAGUAGCUUUUCGCACUGGAGCAGUGCGCCAGCACCUCAGCCCUUUUCUCUCGCUCAGACCGGUCUCAACGAAGGCAGCGAACCCUACGAUGCUCGCGAACGAGAGCGAGAACGCGAACAAUCUGGACAUAGCCCCUUCUCUUUGAGUGCAUCCCCUGGAGCCGGUCACAUUGCACAAGAGCUGGCCAGUCGGUCUCAUUAA